UGAUCCCUACUGACUCUCAUGUACCCAAUAUCAUGCCUGGUAUUUACCUAGGCAUCUACUUUGCUAAAUGAGAUAAGCCAUAUUCUUAUCAAUCGAUACAAAAUAACCGGAAAUUUUAUGCGAGGUAUGAAGGGCGACACUUCAGGCAGGAGUGUGAGACCCAAGAAAGUAGGGGCAUGAUACCUUUUAAAUGUGUGCUGUCCGAGGCGCAACGGCCUGUGGCACAUGAGAACAGUAUAAAGAGGCUGGGAUUCUUGCCUGUCAAAAUGCUCUCAUUCAGACACAGACUCCCUCUUUCCCACUCCAGUGACCUUUCAGGAACUUGAUCCUCUCUUGCUUACAGCUGACUCUUUCAUCAUAUUCGAACAGUGCGUUACCGCAACACAAGAGCUAUGGGAAAUUGUCCUCAUCAUUCAGAAUGGGACGACUUCGACAUUGACGGGUUCCGUGUCAAUGUCUUGCCAUUGAAGGAAGGCUUCCUCUGGGAGCAUCCGACUCCUAUCCCCCCUUAUUUCUGGGGUGGCAGCGAAUUUGACCAGAGGAGAGACGACGUCUUUCCUAUCCAUAGCGGCUAUGCGGAGGUUCGUGGCUUCAUCGACGACGGUGGGACUAAAGCGGUAGAGCGAAUCACGACCGCGGCUCUGGGAUUCGUGACGAGCGUUUUUGAUUCGAUGGGCGACUCGGAAAGACCUAAGGGCAAGGGGAACCUAGUCCAGCUUCGACUAUCUGAUGAUCUUCUACGAUGGCGGCGAGAAAAGCAUGAUGCCGGCUAUAUCCUUCCCGCCAAGGGCAAAGGACUCAAAAUGCUCUCUCCAGAAGUUCUCGAGAUCUUGCGUGUUUCAAGAUGGCCAAUUGCUCUCACUCAGACCAGCUCAUUGUUUGGCGUUGGUAUUGCGAACUUGUUGAUAGGUGCACAUGAUGUGCAGACACUCUUCUCAAAUUACCUCAUCGAUAUGGGCUUUUAUAUGGAACACGGCUACCAUUAUGUAUUCCCGGAGUUUGAACCGUUGAUUGAGAAAGCGAAGCAUGAUGCGCAUGCUUUGCAGACUCUCGGGGGUGUGGAACGACGAGAGGCAGCCGCUCUUGGCAUCAAAUACAUCAAAGGCAAGAUUGCGCUGGAGGAACGGCACAAAGCCGACGUGACAUAUUAUUCGGCGAGGAUGGAUCGUCGAACGGUGCAGAUGGUGGGGAUCUGUGAAAGUAGCCUUCUUGGAAUGACCGCUGAAGCAAUCACACGCGGAUACGACGCCGGAGCAGCCUUUUCCGAUCUUGUCUUCAGCAAUCCUGCCACCGAUGUCGUUGACGUUGGCAGCGAUAUUCUCAACUCCGAGGUUAUGAACUCGUUCCUCAACACGGCGGACAUCACCAGUACUGGAGUGGUGAGCGAGGAGGUGCUGAGGCGUGUCUACGAUGCAUGCGCCCAUACAGGCGCUCGAGCCCUCACAGAGAGAUGGUCCGAGCCCCUGGCACGCAUGUGUUCAAUGUUGUACCCAUGGCACAUCUGUAACGAUCGCCAUAUGUUCCUCCGGCGGGCGAUCCUCGGCUGGGAGAAGGUACGCAAGGUCCCAUCUGAGCAACGCGAGGCCGAUUUUGACGAGGCUUUCGACGAGGAUUAUUUCACGACUGGGUUCAGUCGGCCAUUGAAGAACGCCUGCAGCGGAGGUGAUGUUUGCGACGCCGUGUCACAGCUCGUGGCUAGCAACAAGCGUUCGCCGAUAAUAGCGGAAUUGUGGAAGGCCAUCGUCACCGAUCCGCUCCAGUAUGUUCGAGCCGGAAUCGUGAGUCAAGAGCGGGAAUCCGAACUCGCGGAGAAUCUCCAGCUUACUGUGGCCAAGAGCUUCUCGCAAGGUCUGGUCCUUGAAUUGGCAUGGCUCAUGGCGCAUGCAGAUCACCAUGCGUGGCAGGUGAAUUAUCUCUUCGAAGCGGCCAUGUUCGGUAGCAUCCUCGAUAGCGGCGCACUUGCCGGGAAGCUGGAUAGAGCAGACAGAGGCACAGCAUAGUAUUAUCCAAGAUAGUAGAUACUAACUAACUAGUAGUAUUAUAGUACGGUGGAAUGGAUAUCUAAG